GUCUUAACCAGUCUGCAAAAAUGUGUCCGUGUUCUUACUCAUGGGGAUUAUGAAACUCCUGAUUGGAUGUCCAAUGGAAUUCCAAAAUCAUCUGAAAUUAUAACAUUAAAUUUGAACUAUUUACAGAAUGUCAAAGGAAUGGCAUGCGAUGGAGAUUAUUUUGUAUACUUAUUCAGAUUACGGGUUUCAUAAAAUUGGUACUGGUUUUGGUGGCACAGUUAGUGGACAUCCAUAUGUCAAUGUAGCUCGUUCAUCAAGUCUUACAUUACAUUCUAGUGACGUUUGUCUUGGAUUUUAUCAAAAAAUGUUAUACUUAAGGGUUUAUUAUACAAACCAGACUUGCAGUCAAGAAAUUGAAUUUUUAGAUAGAGAGACAUUUAAAAAAUUAGGACGAGUUCAGCUAGAUACUUCAGUCACAUUGGAUACAUCUUGUAAACCUGUAUUCAAUGAUAAAGAUAGAUUAUGUUUCCUUGAUCAAUCUGCAAACAAUUAUGUGAUUAAGAGUAUUGAUCCUAGUACUGGGAAACUUGUUAAUGAAGUUCCUCUUGUAUUAAGCCGUCGUAAUGUACGAAUUUAUGGCGUUUCUGAAUUAUGGGAUUCUAUUACAGCUGAAAGUGCUAUUAACAGUGCUACUGAUGAAGAAGUUUCUUCUGUUGCCACUUUAAAGGAUUGUUUUAUUAUAUCAGUUAAGUCUGGAAAAGCAUUGCAAUGGUUAAAGUCUAAUGGACAAAGUACUAUGAAUUGUUAUCGUUCUGUAUGGUCAGAGUUAAGUUUACCUAAUCCAUGUAAAAUCAUCAAAGUAGCAGCUGGUCAUGAUGGCUUACACUGUGUGUUGCUUUGCGAUACGGGAUCAGCUUAUUUCUUAGGAGUAUCGCGACGUGGUGAAGAUUGUGAUAAUGGAAGAUACAGAAAGCAACCAAGAGUACUGAAGCCAAAAAGGAUAACUAAAAUAGAUGGACAGUUUAUCGUGGAUGUAGCUUGUAAUAAUGGUACAACGGCAUUAGUGACUAAAGAUGGUCUUUUGUAUAUGUUUGGAAAAGAUGAUACUUAUUGUGAUAUACAUACUGGUCUUGUGAAAGAUUUAAAGAAUGCUAAAAUUGUUCAGAUAGCUUUAGGAAAAGCACAUGCAAUUGCAUUGAGUGCUAAAGGACACAUUUAUAGUUUUGGAAUUAAUAACAAAGGUCAAUGUGGACGUGAUAUAUGUGUCCCUCAAACUAAUAAAAACAAUUAUCCCGAAAUAGCCAAUAAUGAAUCAUUAAACCAAAUUAGUUCUGUGGAUGAACAGAGUAUAUUUGAGAAUGACUGUGAUGAUAAUAAACCUUGUGAAGAUACUUGUAAACCAGGACAACAUAACUGGAAACAUGAAGUUUGCAUGGUUUGUACUGUAUGUGGUGAAUGUACAGGGUAUAGCUAUAGUUGUCUUAGCAGCAUACGAUCCAAUCGUAAAUCCGGCCAGGAAUGUGGUUGUGGUGAAGGAGAUGCUGGAUGCACUAUAUGUGGAUGCUGUCGUAUAUGUGCUCGAGAAGUUGAAGAUAAUUCAGAAUUAGCUUUGCUUGGACCAAAUGGCGCUAGUGAUAUAGCAGGAAUGAUGCGACUUGAUGUCAUAUUUGGAAUUGGAGAUAAAGCAAAAACAUCUCAAGAAGCAAGGCUUGAAGAUCAUUUAAAAAAGCGAUUGAAUAAACGUGAACAACGACAAAAAUUUAAUUCAGUACAAGCAGAUUCUUCUAGGGAUGCAGAUAUUGAUAGUAGUGUACAAACUGCUAAUAAUACAAAUAUUCAUUUUCAAACUCAUAACAGUAUAAUAGCUCGAAGUUUCGUUGAUGAUGCAGUUAAUAAUCCAGGGAGUGAUAUAGAAAGGGAUACUGCUAGAAUGACUAUUUUACCACCUGCCCGAAUAUUUUUACCCACAGACUGCCCGGUUAUUCAAAUUAGUUGUGGCUUACAUCAUACAGUAUUGUUACUGAGCAAUGGGAAAGUGAUAACAUUUGGUAGUAACUCUAAUGGCCAACUCGGAUGUAGCUUAUCACUCAGUAGAAAAGGCCCAACUGUAUUAAAAAUACCUCGUUUAAAACAUCCUAUUAUUAGCGUGUCAGCCGGUAGCAAUCAUACUGCAUUGGUAUCAAAAGAUGGUAAACUUUAUACUUUUGGAAGUUAUUUGAAAAGUCAACUUGGUCGUGAUAGUGGAUGCAAUCAUGUGCCAUUGAGUGUAGAAGACAUAAAUCCACCUCACACCAGAAGAGCAAGAGUAGUUAUGUGUUGCGGUAAUCAAACAAUUGUAAAAGUUGAUGAGGCGUUAAUAAAUAGUAAAAUUUUAUCUAUUGCUGCCAACAAUGAUACUAUUUUGGUGAUGACUUCAAAUAAAUGCUUAGCUAUUAACAAACAAGACGGCACUUGUAAUAGUUAUUCAGGGAAUAAUCAGAUACAAUUUGACGAAAAACAUACUGGAAUGUGGUGCUUUGACUUGUUAUAUAAUAACUUAUGGCAUAUUAGUGAUAUAAGUGAAAAAGUUGUGGUUACGUGCUACAAUGUGAAUAGUGCUUGUAGAAGACAUAAUGAUACUGGCUCCUUGUUGAAUUAUGAAUUAGCAUUACCACCUACUGCUGGGAUUUCAGUAUCUCGAAUUCAAGUUUUAGUCAAUUUACUGACUUGUAUGGACAUUUUAGCCCAAAAUUCAUCAUUGUUUCCUAUUGGUAUAGCAUCAUCUCAUAGUAAUAUACCAGUUGCAUCAAAUACGGUAGAGCCAAAAAAAGAAUUUUUACACAUCAACCGAUUUGCAAGUUUAGGCGGUGGUUGGGGGUAUUCUGGUCACUCAGUUGAGGCUAUUCGGUUCUCUGUUGAUUGUAACAUUGCAUUAGUUGGUUUUGGUUUAUUUGGAGGAAGAGGAGAGUAUACAGUUAAACUUAAGAUUUAUGACAUCGGUAUGGAAGGUGGUGAGCGAGAAACCGAUGGUGAAUUGUUAGCAGAAACUGAUGAACUUACUUAUGAAUGUGCUCCUAGACAAAAAAAUCCAGUUUUACUUGAUGACCCUAUUACUCUUUUUGCAAAUCGAUGGUAUGUGGCAUGUGCUAGAAUAACUGGUCCAUCAAGUGAUUGUGGUUCUAGUGGAAUGUGUAGUGUUACGAGUGAUGAACAAAUUACAUUUACAUUCAAAUCGUCUCGAAGAUCAAAUAAUGGCACAGACAUAAAUGCUGGACAGAUACCUGAAAUAUUAUACAGAACUGUUAUUCCUGAUUCACUAUCAAUAUCAACUAUACAUACAUCAAAUAGUGAUAUUCAUAUAUUAAGUGAUGCUUUUUCACACUCAGUUAAUAAGGAAUGUUUUAAUGCUUUGAUAACGUUACUUCGAUGGUCAUGGACAACAAUCAAUAAAAAUAUAUCAGAUAUGUGUCUUCCAUACUCGCAGAAAAACUUUUACAUGGAUUUAUCGAAAAAAGAUACAUCGUCCAUUUGUGAACUCAAACGAUUGAUGUUUAUAAGUAAAUCGUGUUUCCAUUUACUUCGGUCUUAUAUUCACGAGAUAUAUCCAGACCAAGUUGACAAAAUUAAGCUACCCGAAACUGAAGCUCUCGCCAGUUGUGUUGUUGAAGUUCGACAACUUUUGCAAAAAAUAUUAUCAGAUAUUCGUCCACACGAAGUCUUAAAAAAUGUUGAUAGGAUAUUCAUUGACAAUAAAGGUAGUGAAGUAGUGAAAAUUAUGAAGUGUAUUAAAUGGUUAAAUCAAAUAUUGAAUGAAUGUCAUAUGACAUUUGUGUCAUGUUACCAUGCGUUUUACCCAACGCCUCAUUUGAAAUUAUAUUCACUAUGGGAACUAUUGAUGGACAAAAAAAAUACUGAUCAUAAGAAUAAGCUACUCACUGCGGUUGUGUCUGCAUUGUGUAACACUACAUAUAGACUUCGUGAACUUAUGCCAAUAUUAAAACCAACUAAACUUGAUAAAAUCUGGAUCAUUAGAUCAAGAUCACCAUUUAAAAGUGAACCAAAUUGGGAAGUAUUACUCACACAUCUUUUAGACAUAAUAGCGUUACCAGUACGAAAUGUAAUACUGAACAGCAAAAAACCUGAUAAUGAUUUGAAAUCACUUUCUACUAAUUGCUCGCAUCUUGUCGCGAGGGUUGUAGCUGAACUAUCGUCACAAGCUACUUUAUCUGAAGAUGGAACAGAAAUAGUUAAUGAAAGAGAAAUUUUGCUAACCACUCCAUCUAGAUUUGCUAAAAUCAAUCAAACCAAAACAUGGAACGCCGGUAAUGGUUCUCCUGAUGCAAUUUGCUUCUGGGUAGAUCGUGCAGGUAUUGCUAUUGCCGGUUGUGGGGUAUUUGCAGGAAUUGGAAAUUACGAAUAUGAACUUGAACUGUUGGCUGAGAAAAAACAGUUAGAAUUUGAUGAACCUCAUGGUAAUCGUUGGAAGAGUUUAAUAGUAACUAGAGGGUCAUUUGGGCCAGAUGAUAGUGCAAUGAAUUACGUUGCGGAUCUAAAAUUUGAUCACCCAAUACGAAUUAAGGAAAGAGUUAAGUAUGCAAUCCGUCUAAGAAAUUAUGGUGGCCGAACAAAUAACGGUGAUAUGGGGUUAAGUUGUGUAAAAGGACACGACAAUACACUUUUUUCAUUUAAUACAUGCUCGUUAAGCUUAAAUGGAACCACCCAAUCUCGUGGUCAAAUACCCUAUAUACUUUAUUAUAGUAACAGUCAUGAUAAGAAUUGCGAUUUUGAACGUAAAGUGUGUAAUAAACUCAAAGCUCGUGAGAGUACUUUAUCAUUGUUGAAAACAGUUGUAGAAAAGUCAAUGGAGUUGAUAAAUAUGAGCAUUGAAAAAUUAAAAAAAGAUCCACUUGUGUAUAAAUAUUUAGGAGAAUCGGCUAUUGUGAAUGUAUUACUUCCGUUGGUGUUGGCGCAUAUUGGCCCGUUGACAUCUUUUUCCAAAGACGCGAAGAGCGCUAUUCAUGUGUUGGAGCUCAUAAACAAGUUGCUACCGGCUGUGACGUCCAUUAAUUUGUACUCCGCUAACAAAUUAGACGUAAUGCAUAAAGACCUGAGUGAUAAAUUGGAUGGGUCAAAACAGUUCGGAAAGUUCAAAUCCUCCAAAACUGAAAUCAGAGACUCCAAAUGCACAACAACGUCCCAUCAUUAUGCGUGGGUUGAAAGCGAUCAUCCAUAUACAGCUGCGACCGUGUCUAAUUACAAAGUUAAAUUCCCAAAAGAAGUCAAAUGGCUGUGUCUAGAGUUUGACCCUCGAAGUUGUACUGCACAGACUGAAGAUUCAUUGCAACUUUACAUACCAAAUUAUCGAGAUUAUAGUGAUGAUGAUAACAAACACGUAGUUACUACUCCUUACAUACCGGUUUUAAAAAAAUUUAGUAAUGAUCCAAUGGAGUGGCCGUUCGCUGCUGUUAUGUUGCCCGGUAACGAAGUCGUGUUUUCACUGGAAACUGCGUCUGAUUAUCUUAAGAACGACAGGAUUUCUCGGUAUGGCUUUCGUUGUCUAGUAAUUGGGUACGAAGUAGAAGAGCUAAGUAAAUAUCAAGCUCUAGGCUAUGGUCUCGUUCAUUUGGAAACCGAACUUUCGUUCCUUGGAGGGAUGUGCGUCUCAACACUCUUAAAAUGUGAUAUAAUUUUACCCAACGACGAUUUUACGCAUGGCUUGGAACAAGGUUCAGUAUCAGCUGCUGAUCAGGUGUAUGCUAAACACUCGGUAUUAUUGAAAAAAGGAUUUGCGUUGGCGCCAUUUCUCAACAUUCAGCAGGUCAUGGACGGGGUUUUGCCAUUGAGGUGAGUGUUUAGAAUAAUAUUACAUUAGUCCUGCAUGCACGUGGACUAUAAUCCGUUAUUUCAUUAGUGAAUGAAACGUAAUUUAUCAUUAUAAUAUAUAAAUACUCCUCGGGGAGAAUUUAAUAGAGAAUAGGAUAACGAGAAUACCCGGAGACCAGUGUUUUUGUUAUAAACGCAGUGUUUUGUUAUAGUUUUAAGUUUAAAUGUAGGUAUAGAAACUAAAGUAACUUUGAAGUACUAGGUACUUAUAUAUUCAAACAAAAUUGAUUUACUUCGACUUCGAGUAACAUUUAGAUGUGUAAU